AUGGCAAUUUUAGAAAAAACAACUCAUAGAUUGCCCGAAGGAAGAUUCGAAUGCGGAUUACUAUGGAAAUCCGACGAUGAAACUAUGCCACAAAAUAGAAACAGUGCCUUACGCCGCCUACAAGGCAUAGAAAGAAAACUAAAUAAAAAUGAAGACUUCAAAUUAAAAUAUACUCACCAAAUACAAAAUCUAAUAUCCAAUGGAUAUGCCGAACUAGCCACCACAAAACCCACCUCGCCAAGAACCUGGUACCUGCCACAUUUCGCAGUAAUACAUCCACAAAAGGAAAAAUUAAGAGUCGUGUUCGACGCCGCCGAACGCACAAAUGGCAAAAGUCUAAUCGAUGCCUUACUAUCCGGUCCUGAUUUACUACAAUCCCUCUUCGGCGUGCUGAUAAGGUUCCGCCAAGGCCCGGUAGCCGUCGCAGCCGACAUCAAGGAAAUGUUUCUCAGAAUCGUAAUACGAGAAGAAGACAGAGACAGCUUACGAUUCCUCUGGAAAGAGAACGAAACAGACGCAGAACCUAAAGAAUACAGAAUGAAGUCGCUAAUAUUCGGAGCAACGUCAUCACCCUGUUCAGCUAUAUACGUUAAGAAUCGAAAUGCUCAAGACUUCCAAGAAAAAUAUCCCGAGGCUGUGAAUGCCAUUCAACGUUGUCAUUAUAUGGACGACUAUUUACAAAGCUUCCCAACAGUCGAAGAAGCAAAAAGAACAAGUAAAGAAGUGGACCUCAUACACAAAAGUGGAGGUUUCGAACUAAGAGGAUGGACAUCGAAUUAUCCAUCCACUAUUAACACAAUGGAAAUCAACCAUCCCGACCACAUUAAUUUGGGAGACCACGAUAAAUAUGGGAAGACAUUGGGCAUGAUAUGGCAAACCAACAACGACGCAUUACGAUUUACUGUCAGCCUUCGCAACACGCCCGAUGACGUCACUAAAGAAACGAGACCACCAACUAAACGCGAAGUCGCAAGCGCUGUCAUGUCAGUAUUCGACCCGCUAGGUUUAGCCACUCCAGUUUUAAUACAAGGAAAAACACUUAUACAGCAACUAUGGCGCACCGGAAUAAAUUGGGACGACCACAUAUCCGACACGCUUAGAGACCAUUGGUCAAAAUGGCUCAACAACCUAGCAUGUCUAAAGAAUCUCAACGUUCCACGAUGUACAGAUUCCUGUAACGAGGGGGAACUACAUACCUUCGUAGACGCCAGUGAAACCAUCUAUGCCGCUGCAACAUACUGGAAAACUACUAUGAACAACCAGGUCAGCAUAAAACUAAUAGCAGCAAAAGCCAAGGUGGCCCCACUCAAACCUACCUCUAUACCACGAUUAGAAUUACAAGCCGCAGUGCUUGGCCGCCGUCUAGCAAACAGCAUUCACCAAGAAAUGGACACCAAUAUUAAGAAGAAGUAUUACUGGUCAGACUCUCGAACGGUAUUAGCAUGGAUCAAAUCCGACCCACUCACGUUCAAAACCUUCGUCGCACACAGACUAGCUGAAAUAGAAGAACUCUCAAAAACAUCAGAAUGGAGAUACGUACCCACUAAACAAAACGUAGCUGACGACGCAACUAGAUCGGCACCCCGAAAUUUCGACAGCAACCAUCGAUGGUUCAACGGUCCAGAAUUCCUAAAACUUGACUGCAACGAAUGGCCUCAAGAUCACAGUGAUCGCUCACUACAAGUUACGGGCGAAGAAAAAACACAGACAGUAGCCACGGCGCGUCUCGUUCAACCACCUAUACCAGACGUCAGUCGUUUCUCAUCAUGGACACGUUACCUACGAGCCUCAGCACGCUUCAUACAAAGCGUCGAAGUUUUUAAAACAUUACUAAAUAAACCCGACAAAGUCACCGCCACUAAACGAAUCGUCAAGGAUAAAGCCUGGAAACCGUAUAAAAAACAGAUGACUCAACAAACACCCACGAAUCAAGAACCAACUAUAAAAACCGUGAACAAACUAAUACCAUUAUCAAGAAAAUACAUCAAGCAAGCUGAAACAAUGUUGAUACAACGAAUUCAAAAUGACAGUUUUAAGAAUGAAAUUCAAAACCUUAAAGAUCACAAGAAGUUCGCCAAAGGAUCCCGCCUAAGAAGACUCACCGCCGUUAUAGAAGAUGAUAUAAUGCAUCUCGAAACUCGCCUAUCCGCUGCCAACAACAUAGCGAUUUCCUACAAAAAAACCCAUAAUACUCGAUGGAAAACACCCGAUUACACGACUAAUCGUGAACCAUUACCAUCAAGAAUACAAUCACGGUAA